UAACUCACUUCCGUUGCAUUUUUUCAAACAUUUUUUCAAACUACAUUUACUCACUAUUUCCUCACUAUGUAUAUAACAGACCUGAUUAUCGUUUUGAUUAAAAGCAUACAAACCACAAACUAUUCAGUGUCAGUGUUACUUAUAAAAAAAUAAUAUAAGACAUGUCAGGCUGUGAGACGUUAUCGGGGUGUUACUUUAAAGUUCAUGUAUUUAAAAUAUUUUUAUUUAUUUAUUCACACUGAUGUGUUAAUUCCUUAUCCUCUAGGUUUGAACAAACAUCAAAAAUACUGAAUUUAAAAUGUAAACUUCAUUAAGAAACUGAAACAUUGUUUAAAAAACCUUAUGUUUACAGGUGAGAAUUAAAAAUUUCAAUCUCACUGUGUGGUAAAUUCUGGGAAGCAGUGUUAGAAUUUGGAGGAUCAAGAUUUAAUCCUGGAGGUUUGAAAGGAGUCUCAGUAAAAUGGACAGAAACAGCAGUUGUAACAGGACAUUUUCUAAGGAGUUGUUACUUUCUAUCUACGGUGUGGAGAUGUGUGUGGCACUGGUGGGGAACAUACUGGCCCUGUGUCUGCUUGUGACUAAGGAGAGAAAGAACUGGCACACAGGAGUGGUGUUCUCCUGCAACCUGAUCAUCAGUGACAUCUUUUACACCCUCACUCUUCCUCUUCAGAUCGUCUACUAUUCAAGAGGAAGGGUCUGGGGAUUUGGUAAAGCACUGUGCAAAAUAGAGCGUUUUCUCUUCACCUGUAAUCUCUACGUCAGCAUUUACUUCAUCAUGUGCAUCAGUGUUAAUAGAUACCUGGCCAUCGUUCAUCCGUUUUUCACACGCAAACACAUUCGCCCAAAACACGCCAAGAUUAUCAGUGUGUUUGUCUGGAUAUUUGUUGCAAGCCUUUCAUCUCCAGUCCUCUACUAUUCAGGUCUGAAUAAUGACAGAUGUUCCUUAUUUUCAAAUCAUGGCAAAUCAAACAUGUCUAACUUUAGGGUGUUUAUGGCUGUUACAGGCUGUUUGGUACCUUUUGUAGUUACUUUUGCAUCAUAUAUUGGUGUUUUGUGGGAGGUUUGCAAAAUUACAAGUAUCACUCCACUGGAGAAAAGAAAAGUUGCCCUGAUUGUGGGUUUAGUCUGCUUCUUGUAUGUUGUGUCUUUUUUCCCCUAUCACAUUCUGCAAAUAAGGUUCUUUAAACUGAGGGAAGAAAAUAAGACUAAUUUUUAUGUGCAUACUGGAUACCAAGUGUCAAAGGCAUUAGCCUGCCUGAACAUGUGCCUUCAUCCCAUCCUGUACAUGGCUGUGUUUGACAGUACCGGGGCUGUGUGCUGCAGAAGGAGCUCAAAAUAAUACAACCUUUUUUGUUCAUAAUAGGUUUAAUCAUGCUAUUUUUUUCAGGGCCCACUGUGAUAUUCUAUAAGUCCAUUAAGACUGUAGCAAAGCUAAGCUGAAGUUGAACCUAAAUUUAUUACCAUGCUAAAUUCCAUCACAUUGAAAUAUUUAACAGCUUUGUAAACAUAAUUUCAUUUUUUAGGAUUUCUAUUUUAAACAGUUAUUGCAGGUUAAAUAAGAAGAGCGGAAAAUUCUGAAUGCUUACCAAGUCAAAAGUGUGUAAAAUAAUCCUCCAAAUGUGUAGCAGUAAAACUACUACACAGCCAGCAGUGGUGCUUUGUCUAGAAACUGACUCAUUUCAAAAACGAGACCACAAUAUGGUGUUACAGAUGUAGUGCAAGCACCAGAGACACUUUUGACACUUUUGACUUCACAUUUUUCUUAGUGCAUAAAAGUGUUAAUUGUAGUGCAGCUGAAAUAUACAAUCGUAUCUGUCGCCAUGUACAAACUUUACAAAAUUAUCAAGCUGAGAUAUUACAACAGCUGCUUCUCUAACUGUAAAGCCUUGUAAUGGCAAUUUAAUAAAUAAAUGAUAUAUUCCUCCA